GAGCGGAGGGUGCCUCCUCCAGCCAGCCAGGCCGGCCCCAGCCGUUUAGCUGUGUGGAGUCGCGUCUCUCCCUCCCACGCAGUGUACUCAGGCGAGGCCAGAAACUCGCUCAUCAUGUCGGCUGAGGAGGCGGGGGGUGUUUUCCACAAAGCCCAGGGCAGGACCCUGGACGCGUUUUCCGCAGAAGAGGAAAGAGAAUGGAAAGGCCCAUUCUACUUCAUCCAGGGAGCAGACCCACAGUUUGGACUGAUGAAGGCCUGGUCCACUGGGGACAGUGACAGCGGUGGAGACGAGUGGGAGCAGGAGAUCCGUCUCAUGGAGCAGGCCAUUCAGGCCAUCAACAAGCUGAAGCCCAAACCCAGGUUCUUCGUCCUGUGUGGCGACCUCAUCCAUGCCAUGCCAGGGGCGCCCUGGCGGAAGGAGCAGACGGCGGACCUGCAGCGGCUGCUCAGGCGCGUGGACAGCGAGAUUCCGCUGGUCCUCGUUAGCGGCAACCACGACGUGGGCAACACCCCCACCCCCGAGACGAUCGCGGAGUUCCAGCAGACUUGGGGAGAUGACUAUUUCAGCUUCUGGGUAGGGGGCGUCCUGUUCCUGGUCCUCAACUCCCAGUUCCUGUACGACGCCUCCGGGUGCCCCGCCCUGAAGCAGGCGCAGGACCGGUGGCUGGAGCAGCAGCUGAGUGAGGCCGGGCAGCGGAAGUGCCAGCACGCAGUCGUCUUCCAGCACAUCCCGCUGUUCCUCGGGAGCAUCGACGAGGACGACGACUACUUCAACGUCACCAAGGCUAUUCGGAAGGAGCUGGCAGACAAGUUCAUCAAAGCAGGUAUCAAAGCUGUAUUCUCAGGCCACUACCACAGAAAUGCGGGGGGCACCUACCAGAACCUUGACAUGGUGGUGUCAUCUGCCAUCGGAUGCCAGCUGGGCAAAGACACCCAUGGGCUCCGAGUCGUGGUGGUCACUGCUGAGAAAAUCAUCCAUCGGUACUACAGUUUAGAUGAGCUAAGUGAGAGGGGAAUAGAAGACGACCUGAUGGAUUUGAUGAAGAAAAAAUGAUUGCCUUCAUUUUUGAUGCAUUCACUUUUCCUUCCACUGUUUUUUAUUUUUUAUUUUUUUGCCAGAAACAGCAGCUGCACACAACCACUUAUUGAAUAUAAAAGUAUAGUAGGCAGAUUUGUGAAUUUAUGUCCUUCUGCAGAAAUCAGAGAGCUGGGUCCUAUCCUAAAUUAUAUUUGAAAUAAAACUGCCCUCCCUUUAAAACAGAGAAGGGGCUGGGGGUUGGAGACUGGGAAUAAAAGAAUAAAUGAUAUUAGAAUAUCUCUGCAUGGGUGUUUGAAUAAAUCCUUCUGAUGAUGUGUUGCUCAACUUUCUAAAGUUCUCUGCUUCUUAAUUUGAUUGUUUUCUGGUAGCAUAUGGCAAAAUGUCUACCAGCUUGACAUCCAACUGCGACCUUCGAUAAUUCCUUGAACAAACUGCCUCCAAUCGUGUUAAAUUGUGGUCAUGGCUCCCGUGCUCGGCAAAACAAAGGUCAUCCCCUCUGCCUCCUACCAAAAUGAACAGUGUGUCCCAUGACCCGAGCCAUGCAGACUCGUUUUAACAAGGAGCUGAGUAGCCAAAAUUCGCGGUUAAAUGUUGAGACUUCUACGAUUGCUGUUGAUGCUGUUGAUACAAGUCAGAGCUCGAGUUGACCUUUUUGGUGACUAGAAAAGUCCCCUCUGCACUCAAACCAGCCAUGUGUAAAAUCUCAUCCAGGAGACGAGAGCCAGAGCCCUGAAGCGCAGCCUGCUCUCAGCUCAUUCACAUGCACAUUCGAUGCCGCAGUAACUUUGCAGGUUGGUGUCCUCAUGCGAUCGGAGGGCCGCUCCAUUCGUGAGAGUGUUCACUGUGUUGACUUUAACAGACAAAGUGGGACUUGAUGCAGAGUUCUCCAAAGAAACAAAGCAGGAAUUCCGGUGGGGCACAAACCGCUUUCAGCCACAUUAUCUGAGUUGGCACUGACUGUGAUUGAAUGCCCCAGUGCAGUGGAGCGUGGAUGGUUCAGAGCAGAUCGUUUGCAUGCAGUGUGCUUUGCUGCAUCUUCUCCGCAGUCCCCAACCACCGUGAUAUUUCACCCACGUAGUCUUUCUCAGCAGUCAUCCUGGUGGACAAGGAACCCAGGUACUCCCGAUCCUGCCAGGAGCCCCUCACAGCGUCACACAGUAGCAUUCAGACAUCUUAAAAUGCCCUUAACAACUCACUGGUUACAAAUGAACCGCAAAAUCCAUUAAAUUAAAAGAUUUUAGUCAACGUAGCAAAACCAUGAGAAAUUAAAUAGAAAGAUAAUUGGAUAUGUAAAUUCAUAAGGAACAAGAGACAAGUUAAUUAUACCACAGAUCGGUGGACACACUGUAGGUCAUUGUUAACGUGGCACAAGAAAAUUAAAAUUUUUUUUAACUAGAAGACUCUUGUUCUGAUGUUUUGCUGCCUUCUUGCUUUGUGUUCGUUUUUCUUUCCAACAGGUGUGGAUAUAAGAGUUCAAGAAGAGGAAUUCAGUAAGCGGCAUAACUGAUAAGCCACACAUUGGAGGCCUGGGCUGUGGUAACACUUGGAGAGUCACCUGCCACGAUCGUGUCCCAGGAUCAUAAACACGGAUGUGGGGCUUUUGGGGGAACAUGAGAAGAGCUUCAUCACAGGGGACUCGAUGGAGCCGUCUUCAUCCUGUUAUGUGUGCAAAUCGCUUUGGACUGUGGCACUUGAGUUUUGGGCAGGAUUCAGAGAUAAUUGAAAGCAAUGGAAAUGAAACUGACUAAGUCUUCUUCCUGAAAAACCUAAUAAGUAAAAGAAUU